UGAAGUGCGCCCACGUGCAUUAGUUGUAUACAUCUCAUCGAGAUUAAAUUACACACCAGUUCUUGCUCAAGUAAUGAAUAUAUCGUGUCCAUACGCAAUGUAGAAUUUUUGUAGUCGGAAGACAAUUUUCCUACUAGAUAAUAGCCAAAGGUAGAGAAAAAGGUGUAGCCUUAACACUAUUGCUGGAAAGCAUAUCGUAAUAAUUGUGGAGCAACAGAAUAUGCACGCAAAGCACACGGUACGAAGCAUUGACGAUAGGUCGGUUGUCUUAGCAAGAAUGAGUUGACAGCGACUGUUGCCGCCACUACUUGUAAAUUUAAGGACAGUGCCUAUGCCGUCAACGCUUUUGACUGAUUGUAGUGAUCUCUCAUGACGAUAGCAGUGAAUAUUUUUGAAGCUGUUCGGUCCGACCCCAUGUGGCCCAACAGCCUGGCGGCCGGGUGCAACCCGGAUGGCGACCUGGCGUUCCCGCCGUUCAGCAGCCCCUGCGGCUCGGGCUCGAGCGCCACCAGCAUGGCCUACCUCAAGAGCUCGCCCUACUCCGUCAACGGCAUCGGCCUGCCCAUGCCUUCCAUGGACUCACUGCAUUCCAGCAUGGGCUACCCCUCCGCUGCCAACCCUCGGAAGCAGCGCAGGGAGCGCACGACGUUCACGCGCGCCCAGCUGGACGUUCUGGAGGCGCUGUUCGCCAAGACGCGCUACCCGGACAUCUUCAUGAGGGAGGAGGUCGCCCUCAAGAUCAACCUCCCAGAGUCCAGGGUACAGGUGUGGUUCAAAAACCGGCGCGCCAAAUGCCGGCAGCAGCAGAAGCAGCAGCACCAGCAGCAGCAGCAGAACGGCGGUGACAAGGGCGGCGGAGGCGGCGGUACGGGCGGCGGCCGCUCGGGCGGGGGCGGCGCGGCCAAGGCCGGCAAGGCGGCGUGCGGGGGCGGCGCCAGCAACAAGUCGCCGUCGCCCGGGUCGGCGGCGGGGCCGGGCGCGGUGCAGCAGGCCCCGCAGCCGCCGGGGGCGGUGGUGGUGUCGCCGCAGACGACGAGCGACGGCUCGACCACCAGCUCGCCCAGCGUGGCGGCGGCGCGCGACUCGCCCGGCGCCGGCGCCUACAUCAAGCCGCUGCAGCUGUCCGCGUCGCCCCCGGGGGGCGGCUACAACCCGGCCGCCAUCUGGAGUCCCGCCGCUAUCGACUCCUGCCUGGACCAGCCGCACCACCACCGCCCGGCCGUGCCGGCGCCACCCCCGCCGCCUCCGCAGCAACCCUACGCCGCCCCUGGCGCCACCACCGCGGGCACCAGCGCGGGUUCUGCCGCCGCCCAGGCUGCUAACUGCUACCCGCACCAAAACUAUGGCGCGUACUACACCAACAUGGACUACCUCAGCCCGGUAGCGAUGUCUCACUCGCAGCUAAACGUGCCGGAAAAUUCCUUAGAGACUUCUUGGGCAAAAAGCAGAGAAGAAUCUUGGUUUUAUAAUUCAUCUGGCUGGGACAGAAAAUGAGAUUUGUUGUUCACAGUUAGUCUAGUUCCAAGAUGACCUCAGUAUACACAAAACCAAGGUGACCUCUUCCACACCUGGCAGCAUGGAAAUGACCUGUAGGCAUUGCCAGGAAUCAUCAUAGGAUUCAGAGACAAUACAGUCCAUUGUGGCCAGUUUUUGGGGCAAAUAGUUCAUAACUAUGAAGUUGGCAAAAGUGAUUUGAAAUUAAAAAGAAUUGGAGGUAUUUAAACAUCUUUGUCAAUAACUUGUACAGGUUGCCUCACACAGAAAAUUGUUUUUUCUUGUUUUCUGAAAUGUGUAUCACAACACUGUCACCCUAAAGUUAUUUUUACAUAAGCUCAAAAAUAAAUGUAAUGAGUCUACUACCACUGGAAACACUGUGAUAUGUCAAAGACUUGCCACUUUUUCCUCUAAGCAAGGUAAUAAAUGAAGAAAUGUCAUUUACUUUGACAUAAAUGUCAGGAUAAAUAAUUUGAAAAUUAUUUCCUUAACUGUUUCAGUGUCUUAAAUGAUGUAAUUUUAUUAUCAAUUUUCAAAUAGCUUAUCUUAUUACCUCAGCUUUUUUCAUUUGGGAUGCUGAUUUGUGUCCACCUAAUUUCAAGGUGUAUAUUUAUAUACAUAUCAUUCUUACAGUAUUCUUCCAAGCCUUUUUAUGGGAAAAGUACAAAAUUUUUACUUGUGUAUAACAGAAGUGCUGCCCCCCCCCCCCCUCCUCAUACACACACACAAACUAUUGGGUGGGGGUGACAGUGAGUACCUUAGGUUUAGGUCAGGGAGGUUACGGGAGCAAAGUAUAUGCUGUAAGGAUAGCUCCCAUCUGCACAGCUCAGAAAAGCUGAUGAUGGUGGGGAGGAUUCAGAUGGCACAGGUUGUGAAGCAGCCACUGACAACUUGCAUGUUGUGUUCUGCUACAUGUUGUGUCACUGGGUGUUCUACUUUGUUUUUUGCAGCAGUUUGGUGGUGACCAUUCACUCUGAUUGACAGCUGGUUGAUUGUAAUACCAACAUAAAAUGCUGUGCAGUGGUUGCAGCAGAGCUGGUACAAGACAUGGUUGCUUUCACAGGUGGUCCAGCCUUAGGUUUAGGUCAGGGAGGUUACGGGAGCAAAGUACAUGCUGUAAGGAUAGCUCCCGUCUGCACAGCUCAGAAAAGCUGAUGAUGGUGGGGAGGAUUCAGAUGGCACAGGUUGUGAAGCAGCCACUGACAACUUGCAUGUUGUGUUCUGCUACAUGUUGUGUCACUGGGUGUUCUACUUUGUUUUUUGCAGCAGUUUGGUGGUGACCAUUCACUCUGAUUGACAGCUGGUUGAUUGUAAUACCAACAUAAAAUGCUGUGCAGUGGUUGCAGCAGAGCUGGUACAAGACAUGGCUGCUUUCACAGGUGGUCCAGCCUUUGAUGGGGUAGAAUAAGCCUGUGAUGGGACUGGAGUAGGAGCUGCUGGGCGGAUGGAUAGGGCAGUUCUUGCAUCUUGGUUUUCCACAAGGGUGUGAUCCCAGUAGCAGGAGAUUGGGGGUGGGAGUGGCAUAGGAAUGGACUAGCAUGUUGUGGAGAUUGGGUGGGUGGCAGAACACCGCCCUCUGGGAGGGGAUGGAAGUAUCUUGAGUUGGAUGUCCCUCAUUUCAGGGCAUGGUGAUAGAUAAUCAAAGCACUGUUGAAGGAUGUGAUUCAGUUGUUCCAGUCCUGGGUGGUACUGGGUGACAAGGGGGGUGCUUUAUUGUGUUUGGUUCUUGAGAUGUAUGUGAGAAUCAAGUGUGUGACCUUUGUGAGGCCUUCAGCAUGCUGGGCAAGGGAGUUUUUAUCACUGCAGAUGCAUCUGCCACAGGUGGCCAGGCACUUCCAAACAGCUUGGCCACCCAUAACAGACGCAUCUGCAGCGAUGAAAACUCCCUCAUCCAGUAUGCUGGGUAUGACAACCAACCAGCUGUUAACCAUAAUGAAUGGCCACUGCCAAACUGAUGCCAAAAACAAGGUGGAAUACCCAGUGGUGCAACAUGCAGCAAAGCACAACAUGCGAGAUUUCAAUGGCUGCUUCAUAAACCAUGCCAUAUGGAUCCUCCACACCAUCACCAGCUUUUCUGAGCUGCAUGGGUAACUC